AUGGAGUCGCUGAGGCUUCAGAGAGGAUCUCUUGGGUCGUUGCUGCCCUUGAUAAGGCCUCUGGAAUCGCCGUUGCUCCAGAGAGGGCCUCCGGGGUCGCCACAGCCCCAUGGAAGGCCCCGGGGAACGUUGAAGCCCCUGCAAAGGCUCCUUGAGUCGCUGUACCCCAGGGGCCCUCGCAAAGGCGGUGGUAACUCCACCAGUCCUCCCAGGGUCGGGGGCGCCGACCCCAGAGACCUUCCCAUAGACAAAAGUGCCCCUAUGUCCGUCCCAGAGGCUGUGGCGCCCCAGGGGCCCUACAAGGAGCGUCCCUCCAAGAAGCCCUAUAGCUUGCUUGGUCAUGGACCCUCCCAGGGGCGGCAGAGCCACCAGGGAACUUCCCAGGAUCGGCGGCUACACAUGGGCUCUCUCAGAGGCGUCGGCGAUCCCACAGGGUUUUCCAGGGGCGUGGUUGCCUCCAGAAGCCUUCAUAGUGGAGGCAGAGCCCACAGGGGCUCCCCCAGGGGGGGCAAAACUCCCAUGGGCCCUCCCAAUGGCGUCGACGCCACCAACGGCUCUUCCAGGGGCAGUGGCACCCGCAAGGGUGGCAGUGACCCAAGGAGCCCUAGCAGAGGGGGCGACAACCCCAGGGGCCUUAUCACUAGCAACGGCGACCCCAGGGGCCAGGCCGGAAUCGAUAGAGAACCCAGGGGCUCUCCCAGAGGGGGCGGUAACUCCAGGUACUCUCCCAGGGGCGGUUACGGCGACCCCAGAGGCCCUCCCAUAGACAGAAGUGCCCCUAUGGCCGUCCCAGAGGCUGUGGCGCCCCAGGGGCCCUACCAGAAGCGUCCCGCCGAUAAGUCCUAUAGCUUGCUUGGUCAUGGUGCUGAAUAUAUUGCAUAG